GAAGGGCCAGUACAGAACUCGUUUCCAGUUGGAUCCUAACUGAAACCUGUUUAAAGAACAUUUUAAAAAGCUAUAUUACGGACUGACUACCACAGAAGGUGCUGCAAUGAUGUUCCCCAGUGUUAUUGCGCCUUCAGCGAUGUAUCCAAGCCUCCUGCGGCCAGCACCAACUCUGACACUGCCUCAGACUUUGCAAUCUUCUUUUGGCAGCCAUUCCAGCUUUUUAGUAGAGGAUCUACUAAGGAUCAGCCGGCCUGCCAGCUAUCUCCACCGGACUGUCCAUUCGCCAAGCAUGUCUCCGCCAACCUCAGGAGCCACCACGCUAAACACAGCGUCAGUUGAUCACGUCAUCAACUCCACCACCGUGGCACGAGGAACCUGCUCUUCACAGACAUCACUCUCCACGAAUAACAAUCCCAGUUACCUGAAGUUUGGAGUUAAUGCCAUACUGGCGCCAUCUACGAGAAACGAGUCCUCCCUUCCUUUGAUUCACAGCAUUCACCCAAAGGCUUUCCCGUUCCCGUAUUUUGACGGAUCAUUCCACCCUUUCAUCAGAUCCUCCUAUUUCCCAGCUUCGUCAUCAGUGGUUCCCAUACCAGGCACAUUCUCCUGGCCGCUCGCAGCCAGAGGAAAGCCGAGAAGAGGGAUGCUUCGCAGGGCUGUGUUUUCUGACGUACAGCGUAAAGCCCUGGAGAAAAUGUUUCAAAAACAAAAAUACAUCAGCAAACCCGACAGGAAGAAACUGGCUGCAAAACUUGGACUUAAAGACUCACAGGUGAAAAUUUGGUUCCAAAACAGAAGAAUGAAGUGGAGGAAUUCCAAAGAAAGAGAGCUGCUUUCUUCCGGCGGGUGCAGGGAACAGACCUUGCCCACCAAAAUGAAUCCCCACCCUGACCUCAGCGACGUCGGCAGAAAAUCCUCCGGGGAAGAGGAGUCGUUCUGCAGAGACAGUCCCCCCGCUUCAUUCUGCCAGUCCCUCGCACAGCACAAGGUCCUCGACAGCGUCGAUACACAAUUAUCAUCACACUUAAGCAAACACUCAGACCUCUCAGAGUCAGAGGACGAAGAAAUAACAGUUUCGUAAUAAUCAUUAUAAUAAAUAAAUAAAUAAAUGUUUUAUAUAAAGAGGACUUUUAUAUAUAAUAUAUAUAUAUAUAUAAUAUUUGAAAGUGUUAAACAGAUGAUAUCCCUUACAGCAGCACAUGUUAUUAUGCAAUUAGCUGAACAGACUCUUUCAAUUUUUUAUACAGAUGAACAUUUUAACGCGGUACAAUAUCUUUUUAAAAGCAGUUGGGUUAACAAUGCAUUAGAUUCCACAACGUGCAGAACAAUAAAAUUGGCUAUAUCUGUCUACGCCAAAUCCCAAUUUGUGUAUUAACCCCAAUUACAUUUUUGUAAUUUUGUCAUUUCCACGUAUCGAAAGUUAUUUAAGGGAUAUACUUCUUUGAAUUGACUUGCUGUGUUUGCACAGUGUUUGUGAAAUGUACACUAUUUUGUACAAAUAUUCUGUUGUAUGGAAAUUUUAUACCAAGAGUACAAAAAAUACAUUUAGUUUUUUCAUUAGAUUUAAUUGUUGAAAAAAAUGUAUUUUCUUAACUAAAUGUAGACGUUACAUGUAUAACUUAUAAAUAAAUAUAUUAUUUUGUAUGCUUCUCUGUAUAAAAGUUAAAUGUGUAUAUAUUUUAAAUGUUUUGUACAAACACCAAAUAAAAUGUAGAACAUGCAAAACAAAGUCAUACAAAGUGACGAAAGUGUCAUUAAUCAGCAUUGAAUCCAUGUAUAAUAUUUUGUGCGAUCGUUUUAUGUAAUAUUAAUGUGUUUUUUUUUAAAUCUACAUCUGCCUCUAAUAAAA